ACUACACCUGUUUUAAGAAAAUAUUGAGCAUCCGGGAUGAAAAUUACAUAGCUAUUAAUUAAUAUUAAUGAUAUUUUUAUGAUUGUAUUUGCUUCUAAAAGCUUGCUUAUCUUCUGUUUAUCAUUAUCUGAUUGAAAAUUAAAGAUAUAGUGGAUAAAAUGCAAUCUUCAAGAACAGUCUGAGAUGGGGAAAAAAUAAUUAGUUGAUCCUUCUUUGUUUUUGAACUUGAGACAUGAAGGAAAGCAUGGCUGCAGAGAAGGUGACACUGUCAGAUGCGUUAUCCAAUGUUGAUGUUCUGGAUGAGUUGCCAUUGCCAGAUCAACAACCUUGUAUUGAAGCUCAGCCAUGCAGUAUUGUGUAUCAUGCAAAUUUUGAUACAAAUUUUGAGGACCGCAACGCCUUUGUGACAGGUGUUGCUAAGUACAUUGAGGAAGCAACUGUUCAUUCAGAGCUGAAUGAAAUGUUAGAAGAAGGUGAGGAGCAUGCUGUGAUGUUAUACACUUGGAGAUGUUGUUCAAGAGCAAUUCCACAACCAAAAUCAAAUGAGCAGCCUAAUAGGGUUGAAAUAUAUGAGAAAACAGUUGAAGUCUUAGCACCUGAAGUCAACAAGCUUUUGAACUUCAUGUAUUUUCAGAGAAGAGCUAUAGAACGCUUUACUGCUGAAGUUAAAAGAUUAUGCCAUGCUGAAAAAAGGAAAGAUUUUGUAUCUGAAGCAUAUUUGCUUACUUUGGGAAAAUUUAUUAACAUGUUUGCAGUUCUUGAUGAAUUAAAGAAUAUGAAGUCUAGUGUCAAAAAUGAUUAUGCAACAUAUAGAAGGGCUGCACAGUUUUUGAAAGUAAUGGCUGAUUCACAAGCAUUGCAAGAAUCACAAAACCUCUCUAUGUUUCUAGCCACACAAAACAAAAUUAGAGAUACUCUGAAAGAAAACUUGGAGAAAAUACCUGGUUAUGAAGAAUUACUAUCUGAUGUUGUGAACAUUGCUGUUCAGAUGUAUGAAUGUAAAAUGUACAUGUUGCCAAGUGAAAAGCACAUGCUUGUUAAGGUGAUGAGUUUUGGCCUUUUCUUAGUUGAUGGAGACGCUUGCAAUAUAAAUAAAAUUGAUCAAAAGAAACGUGUAAAUAUAGCAAAAAUUGAUAAGAUUUUUAAGCAACUGGAAAUGGUUCCUCUUUUUGGGGACAUGCAAAUUGCUCCUUUCAAUUAUAUAAAGCGUAGCCCACAUUAUGACCAAUCCAGGUGGCCCUUAGCUAGCUCUAGUUCUCCAAGCCCACAAUCUGAUUUGCUGCAGUAUUUACCUACUAUAAGAGAUGAUUAUGUUCGAUACAUAAGUGAAUUGGCUAGGCAUAAUAAUCAGGUUACUACAACUGUCAAAGAAACACCUAGAACAGAUGCUGAAAAUAAAGAUUUAACAGAAUUAGCUCUUCGAGGACUUCAAUUGCUGUCAGAUUGGAGCACUCAUGUUACAGAAUUGUACUCAUACAAGCUGAUGCAUCCAACUGAUCAUCAUCAAAAUAAGGAAUGCCCUCAAGAAGCUGAAGAAUAUGAAAGAGCAAUACGUUAUAACUACAGUGAUGAAGAAAAAUUUGGCCUUAUUGAGGUGAUUGCAAUGAUUAAAGGUCUUCAGGUGUUGAUGAGUCGAAUGGAAACGGUAUUUACCGAUGCUAUUCGUAGGCAUGUAUAUGCUGAGCUUCAAGAAUUUGUCCAAGUCGCCCUUCGAGAUCCGUUGCGCAAAGCUGUCAAAAAUAAAAAGGACUUAAUUCGUAGUAUUAUUUUAUCUGUUCGAGAGACUUGUGCAGAUUGGUUGAGAGGGACAGAGCCAUUAGAUGAUCCAACAUUAAAAGGCAAAAAGGAUCCAGAAAAUGGAUUUGAUAUAAAAGUUCCUCGCCGAAAUGUUGGCCCUUCUAGCACCCAGUUAUAUAUGGUAAGAACCAUGCUGGAGUCUCUAAUUGCUGAUAAAAGUGGUGGCAAAAGAACUCUUAGAAAAGACAUAGAUGGUCCUUACCUCGUUGCAAUUGAUACCUUUCACAAAGCAUCUUUUUAUUGGAAUUAUUUGCUAGAUUUCAGUCAAACAUUGGAAGAAUGUUGUGAUUUGUCUCAGCUGUGGUAUCGAGAAUUUUACUUAGAAAUGACCAUGAGUAUUAAAAGGAUCCAGUUUCCCAUUGAAAUGUCAUUGCCUUGGAUCUUGACCGAUCAUAUUCUCAAAACUAAAGAUCCAUCUAUGAUGGAGUGUGUUCUUUAUCCUCUUGAUUUGUAUAAUGACAGUGCUUAUUAUGCACUUACAAAAUUUAAGAAGCAAUUCUUGUAUGAUGAAGUUGAAGCUGAAGUGAAUUUAUGUUUUGAUUCAUUUGUUUACAAGUUGAGUGAACAAAUAUUUCAAUAUUACAAGCACCUUGCUGGGAGCAUUCUUUUGGACAAAAGGUUUCGUGCAGAAUGUGCUAGCUAUGGAACAUGUUUUCAUUAUCCUCCAGCAAAUCGUUACGAAACUUUAUUGAAGCAACGGCAUGUUCAGCUCUUAGGUCGAUCAAUUGAUUUAAACAGACUAAUUGCACAAAGAGUCAAUGCUGCAUUACAGAAGUCUUUAGAUUUGGCAAUAAGUCGCUUUGAAGCAGGAGAUAUAACAGGAGUAAUUGAACUGGAAGGCUUAAUAAAUGUGAACAAAUUAGCCCAUAAGCUACUAGGAAAAUACAUUACUUUAGAUGAUUUUGAUGCAAUGUUCAGAGAAGCUAAUCACAAUGUCCUUGCUCCAUAUGGACGAAUUUGCCUUCAUGUCUUUUGGGAAUUGAAUUUUGAUUUCUUGCCAAAUUAUUGCUACAAUGCAGCAACUAACAGGUUUGUGAAAGUGAAAGAUAUAACUUUUGCUCAACCUGUUGCUCGUGAUAAACCACCAUCUGCACAACCUCAUUAUUUUUGGGGAACGAAGGCCCUUAAUGUUGCUAACAAUACAAUCUAUGGUAUGUACAGUGGAUUUGUUGGUGCUCCACAUUUUAGAUCAAUUUGUCGGUUGUUAGGAUACCAAGGAAUAGCAGUUGUAAUGGAAGAACUUCUAAAAAUUGUAAAAAGUUUGAUACAAGGAACAUUGUUUCAGUAUACAACAACAUUAAUGACUGUUAUGCCAAAAUCAAUUAAGCUGCCUCUGUAUGAUUAUGGGUCAACAGGUGUUUUGCAAUAUUAUCAAGCACAGCUUACAGACAUAGUUUCCUACUCUGAUGUGAAGACAGAAAUGUUUGAAGGGUUCAGAGAAGUUGGAAAUGCAAUCCUCUUUUGUCUGCUUAUUGAACAAAGUUUAAGCCAAGAAGAAGUUUGUGAUUUGCUUCAUGCUGCUCCAUUUCAAAAUAUACUACCUAGACCAUAUUGUAAAGAUGGUGAAAAGCCUGAAACAAAACUAAAGAGAUUAGAAGCUAAGUAUGCUCCUCUACAAGUUGUUCAAAAUGUGGAAAGGUUGGGCACAUCAAAGCAAGCUGCUAUUGCUAGGGAAGGAGACUUACUUACUAAAGAACGUUUAUGCUGCGGUUUAUCAAUUUUUGAAGUGAUACUCACAAGGAUCAAGUCAUAUCUUGAUGAACCUGUUUGGAGUGGCACUCCUCCGAUGAAUGGAGUGAUGAAUAUAGAUGAAUGCACAGAGUUUCACAGACUCUGGAGUGCACUACAAUUUGUGUACUGUAUUCCAGUUGGGGAAAAUGAGUUUACAGUUGAGCAACUUUUUGGGGAAGGAUUGAAUUGGGCUGGCUGCACGAUGAUCAUGCUCUUGGGACAACAAAGACGUUUUGAAGCUCUUGACUUUUGUUAUCACAUUUUACGAGUUCACCGUAUGAAAGAUGAUGGAAAAGGAGGAGUUGAUGAAGUUGUAAAAGGCAUUCCUUUGAAGCGAAUGGUGGAUCGUAUUCGAAGGUUUCAAGUUUUAAACAGUCAGAUAUUUGCAAUUUUGAACAAAUAUUUAAAAUCCAGUGACACAGACAAUUUGCCUGUUGAACAUGUUAGAUGCUUCCAACCCCCAGUUCACCAGUCCAUUGCAGCUAUAGCUGGUCCACAGAGUGCAACUACAAUUUACAUGAGACCUGAUGGAAUAUCAAAAUAACCUAAAUCAUAACGCAGUAUUUUUGUGGUCUUGUGUAAAGCCAAAGAAGACACUCUAGAAUUUUGUAUUUAUUAAACAAUUUUCAGACAGCCUUUAUAGCUUUUGUAUUUUGGAACUUGUCAUGUUUCAUAAUGAAUGUCAUCAAAAUGUAUGUAUAUUUUGCAAUAAGAAAAUGGAUUUGUAUUUAUUGUACAUAGAAAUUUUGUACUGUCAUCUUGUAAUAAG